GCGGACGCGGGUCGGGCCGCGGGUGGCGGGAGGUCGCCGGGCCGCCCGCGCCGCCGUCCCUCGCCUGACGCACGGAGGGGCCAGGACGCGAUUUGAGCGAGUGACUGGAGCCGCCGCCGCCCGGGCCCGCUCCGCCCCCAGCCCGCCUUCCUCCCGCCUCACCCUCCUCUCCGCCCGCGCCUUCCCGGGUCCCCGCGUCCUCCCGGAGCCGCCGGCCGCCAGCGCCCGCGCCAGCACCAGCCAGAAGUGAGGAAGUUUGCUGGAAUAAAAUGGAGGCUUCAGUGAUAUUACCCAUUCUGAAGAAAAAACUAGCCUUCCUUUCAGGAGGAAAGGACAGACGAAGUGGCCUCAUUCUGACAAUUCCAUUAUGCCUUGAACAGACAAAUAUGGAUGAGCUGAGUGUCACCUUAGACUACCUACUCAGCAUUCCAAGUGAAAAGUGUAAGGCUAGAGGAUUUACCGUGAUUGUGGAUGGCAGAAAAUCACAGUGGAAUGUGGUCAAAACAGUAGUCUUAAUGCUACAGAACGUUGUUCCAGCGGAGGUUUCCCUUGUUUGUGUGGUGAAGCCAGAUGAAUUCUGGGAUAAAAAAGUAACACAUUUUUGUUUUUGGAAAGAAAAGGAUAGACUUGGCUUUGAGGUUAUUUUAGUGUCUGCCAAUAAGUUGACUCGUUAUAUAGAACCAUGCCAGUUAACAGAAGAUUUUGGUGGGAGUCUCACCUAUGAUCACAUGGACUGGUUAAAUAAGAGGCUGGUUUUUGAGAAGUUUACAAAGGAAUCUACAUCAUUAUUAGAUGAACUUGCUUUGAUUAACAAUGGAAGUGAUAAAGGAAAUCAGCAAGAGAAAGAAAGGUCUGUAGAUUUAAACUUUCUUCCAUCGGUUGAUCCUGAAACAGUUCUUCAGACAGGGCAUGAAUUGUUAUCCGAAUUACAGCAGCGUCGAUUUAACGGCUCGGAGGGAGGGGUCUCGUGGUCUCCUAUGGACGAUGAACUGCUUGCGCAGCCGCAGGUUAUGAAAUUGUUGGACUCUCUGCGGGAGCAGUAUACCCGCUACCAGGAAGUCUGCAGGCAGCGCAGCAAGCGCACGCAGUUAGAAGAGAUUCAGCAGAAGGUCCUGCAGGUUGUGAACUGGCUUGAAGGGCCCGGAUCAGAACAACUGAGAGCCCAGUGGGGCAUUGGAGACUCCAUUCGGGCUUCCCAAGCCCUCCAGCAGAAGCACGAGGAGAUCGAGAGCCAGCAUAGUGAAUGGUUUGCAGUAUAUGUGGAGCUUAAUCAGCAAAUUGCGGCACUCUUAAAUGCCGGGGAUGAGGAAGAUCUGGUGGAACUGAAGUCGCUGCAACAACAACUUAGCGAUGUUUGUUAUCGACAGGCCAGUCAGCUGGAAUUUAGGCAGAAUCUCUUACAAGCAGCUCUUGAAUUUCAUGGUGUUGCCCAAGAUUUGUCUCAGCAGUUGGAUGGCCUGUUAGGGAUGUUGUGCGUAGAUGUAGCACCAGCUGAUGGAGCCUCGAUUCAGCAAACUUUAAAACUGCUUGAAGAGAAGCUGAAAAGUGUUGAUGUAGGAUUGCAAGGUUUGCGUGAAAAAGGUCAAGGUCUUCUGGAUCAGAUCUCCAAUCAGGCAUCCUGGGCCUAUGGAAAAGAUGUAACCAUUGAAAAUAAAGAAAAUGUGGACCACAUACAAGGAGUGAUGGAAGAUAUGCAGCUUAGGAAACAAAGAUGUGAAGACAUGGUAGAUGUGCGAAGGUUAAAGAUGCUUCAGAUGGUGCAGUUAUUUAAAUGUGAAGAAGAUGCUGCCCAGGCAGUAGAGUGGCUAAGUGAACUUCUGGAUGCCCUGCUUAAGACCCACAUCAGAUUGGGCGAUGAUGCGCAGGAGACGAAAGUUUUACUGGAAAAGCAUAGAAAAUUUGUUGAUGUUGCACAGAGCACUUAUGACUAUGGAAGGCAGUUGCUACAGGCCACGGUUGUCUUGUGCCAGUCUUUGCGCUGUACCUCUCGGUCCUCCGGGGAGACGCUUCCUCGACUGAACAGAGUGUGGAAACAGUUUACAGUAGCAUCUGAAGAGAGGGUGCACAGGCUGGAAAUGGCUAUUGCAUUCCACUCAAAUGCCGAAAAGAUUUUGCAAGACUGUCCAGAAGAGCCUGAAGCUAUUAAUGAUGAGGAGCAAUUUGAUGAAAUUGAAGCAGUUGGAAAAUCACUUUUGGAUAGAUUAACUGUUCCUGUAGUUUAUCCUGAUGGAACUGAACAAUAUUUUGGGAGUCCAAGUGACAUGGCUUCUACUGCAGAACACAUCAGAGACAGGAUGAAACUAGUUAGUCUCAAAAGGCAGCAGCUGCGACAUCCUGAAAUGAUGACUGCAGAGAGCUAAUAGCUACCAGCUUCCCACAGAUCUGCAGUUCAUAAUCCCGCAUGGCAUCGGCACACUACCGCAUUAGCACAAUACGUUAAGAUACAUUUCACAGCCAGAAUAAGCCUCAUUUCUUUCCAUGACACAUUUCUCUCUACAUGUUAACAUCAUGCAACUAGCAAGGCAUAAUUAUUUAACACGCUUUGAGAACAUAGACUCCAAGUAUCUUAAAAGAAGGAACUGUAAUCAUUGCACUGAAAACUUGCUUUAAAGCUUUACCUGACCUGUCAGUUGGUAGAUGAACAACUGCUAAUAAGCUUUGAAUGGUGCUAAUAAGAGUUUAGGGAUUCUCUCUAUGGAAAAUGGUUGCCCUUCCUCCCCAGGUGAUGUCGUGAACUUAGGCUGUAGUUAAACUGUUGUUAGUAGACAGUGACAGUGGUGUCCUUAAAAUUUUACUUUGUGAUUUUUCCUCAGAAUGGAUUAUUUUUAUUGUGUCAAUACGAAGAAAACCUUCAGAUCUUUGAUAUAUCAUAUUCAUUAAAAGACAUUUUCCUAUUUGUAUUGAUAAUGUAUUAAAAGUUGUUUGUGCUUAAUAAAAGGCUUCUUUUAAACAUCUUAUUUAAUUUGGUGGUUAUAUCCUAUUUUUAAACGUGAGUGCCUUGUUUAAAAGGGCAUUCUUAGGAUUGUGAGAAUGGUUUAAUAUUUGUUUUUGUCAUGUUGGUUGCAUGUGUUUUAGUCAGGAUAUUCAUAUGUAAGCAUGUGUAUAUAAUAAAUAAGCAUGUUUUAUCAUGAAAAACAAUUGUGAAGAACAAUUUAGAUCUUUAAGAACCUAUGAAUAGUGGAAUACUAUUUCUAAUUUUUUCUCUUCUUCAACUUGAAAAAUAUUAUCCAAAUUAUUAACUGUCCUGAAGAUACUUUGUCUUUAGGGGAGGAGGGCUGGGAAAGGAGGUAUACAUAAUAAGUGUAAUCCUUUAUGUCAGAGUAAUCUUUCUGGAACUAAAAUAGCAGCUGUUAAUAAAAUUUAAUUUCUCAUGAUACACUAGAAGCAAAAUUCUCAAGUAGUCUAAUAACAAAAACUGUACAACUCUUUUAGAAAUAAAGUUUAUAAAAUGCUAAUGCUUUUAAGUUUAUAUUAAGUUUAAAUUGUAAAGUACAUAUUUCGUUUUUGUGCUAAUUUUUAUUUCAGAAAAUGUUUUUGAAAAAGAUUAGAAAUAGUUUUUUAGUCUGUGAUCAAUACAAAAUUAUGCAAAGAAUUGUAUGCUGGUUCCUUUUCAUGGUCUACAAAAAUGCUUAUGUAUCCUCCAAUGCAAAAAACUCCUUCUGAACCUGCGGUCUCUUCAGCCUCCUUCACUGCCAGACUUCCUGUAGAAAUCCACCUCCAUUGCCCCGCAUCCUCUCUGCUCGCUGCUCAGUGUCUUGCAGUCUGCUGUUACACAGCGCUAGAGCAAAACUGUUCUCAGUGGGCUUCCAGUUACUGAACUGAGUGAUUUUUUUCUCAGUCUGCACCCCUUAUCCUUCUGUCUCUGCAACACGUACACCAUUGAGCAGUCUCAAUCUUUUAUGCUGUUUCCUGGACAGUGUCUCCUCCCUUGAAGAUGUUGUCCUCUGCCAUAACUGUGAGUACAGUCACAUGACUCUUAUUUAAAAUAUGUCUACUAGAAUGUGUUCUCUCAGAUUUCCUUCUUCAGAAUGCUUCUGGAGGUAUCUCAUUCUUAGGGUUUCUAUUUUAUCCCAAUGUUCUGUGUUAUGUAUCUGGUCCAAAAUUCUAAACCUGUACUUUGAACUACCUGCUGCUUGACAUUUCAACCUAGAUGAAGUUAUUCAUCAUAGUUUUCACCUUUCUCUUGUGGCAAUUUUGGUUAAAGGUGCAGCCUUUUUUUCUAGUCAGACAUGCCAGAAAAUCUGGCAGCAAGAUUCAACUGCUCCCUCUUGUCUUAUGCUGCCACUGCUUCUGAGAACAUCCAGAAAGUUCUGUAUUAUCUGAUAAUUCUCUCAGUCUUUUAGGGCUUAAUUUCUAUGAGUGAACCUUCAUGAUUCUUUGUUUCGGUCUUCAUGAUGGUGCUAAGUAACCACAUGCUACAAUUGUUUAUGUCUGUACCUGCUACAUUGUAAGCUCUUUCAAGGGAAGGAGUCUCCUGGGACUUUUGUUCCCAGUCCUUUGCUCAUGCAUAGUAGUUGUUCACUUCCCGUGUAUGUGAAUGGUCUAUUGUAGCAUCAGUAAUAAUCCCUCUUAUAUUGUAGUCUGAAGUGUGUUUCUAACAUAUUUCCUAAAGUUAGGAGUGAAUUAAAUUAUAAAUGAAUCUACUCAUAAGGAAAUCAUUUGGUAUUUUGGAUACUUAAAUAUUACCUAAUUUAGAUAUUUAGUUAUACUCAAUAUCUAUUUCUUCUACUGAAUUUCAGAGUAGUUAGAAUGCUUCUAUUAAGACUUUGCUAGAAACUAACUAGAUUAUAAGGAAUGAGAUUCAAUUCUACCAUCAAUUCACCUACUUAUUGUCAAAUGAGUUAAUUUUUAUAUGCCUUAAGCUAUCCUGCCUACAGCAAGAGUAAAAUAAGAUAGUAUCUGGAAAUGUUAUUUGUAAUUUGAGUAUUUCAGAUGACGCUGAAUAUGCUUUUAACUUAAUAAAUAUUGUUGCUCUUUAUUUGUAAAUUUGCUGCUACUUUCUAUGUGUAUAUCUGUAUACACACAUACAGUUGUGAGUGAAAACCCAACAACGCUCUAAUGUGAUUUUUUUUCAUAGGGUUGUAGUUCGCUUAGAAUACAUGUUAAGGAAGUGACUGCAGUCUGUUUGCAAGCCACAAACUGUUUGUACAUCAUAAAUUAACAUUGGCCUGCAAAUGUAACGGAGAAAGAACCAUCAUUUCCAAUUGGUGUAUGCCACAACUUUCCACAUUACUUUAGCCCAUCUCAGGGAAUUAUUGAAGUGUUAAUUGGGCUAGUUUCAUUUUGUUCUGUUGGUUUGGAGGAUUUACUUUUUUCUUUUGCCUUCUUAUUGUGUAUUUGCUCCUGUGUAAGCUCAAUGUUUGAUGGCAGUUUGAGCAUCUGUUCUUCACAUAUGUCUAACCCGGCAGAGUUAUGAUGCAAGGAUGAUAACUUCAUUUCAGAUACAAUUGGCUUUAUUCCAAGUCUUCAUUGUUGGUGACCUUAUUCUAAUAGGAUGACUCAUUGGUGGUGAUGAUGAAACUGCUCAGCCUGCCAGCUGGGAUGUUAAUGGCAGGUCUAGGCUUCAUUGCUGUGUAGAAGGUUGGAUAUUUCUCUUACUUUGUAGGCGUUUAAAUUGGCCAGUGUUCCAAAGUGUUGCCUCGUAUUAACAUGUUUGUUGUUUGUUUCGUGACCCCAUCAGUUGACAUAUGGUGUGGUAUUUAGUUUACUAUUAUUAGUUUUAGUCACAUACUCCUUGAUAUGAACGUGACAGUUUUCUGGCAGUGCUGAGCAAACCAUGCUCUCUGAUCUAAACCCAUUGUAACCGGUGGCAUGAUUGUGAGAUUAGCUGACCCUGUAUCACUGUACAGUCUACAUUUGGAGAAAGAAUUCAGCAUUCUCUACUACAUUGUAAGUUCCUUGCCAGAGACAUUGGAUAUUACUGUGUAUUUUUCCCAUCCUCAUAGAACCAUAGUAAAGUACUAUGGCUACUAAAAACUAAACAUCCCCUGGUUGCUAAAGUCCUCCACAUCUUGAGCCUGUUGGAAAUGGUACAGGAAACUAAGAUCAGUAUCAUCAGUGACAAGAGUUGUGUCAUUGGGGUGUCUUUCCUUAAACCUGCAAAGGGAAUAUUUUCUAGGGUUAAAAAGAUGGGCUGGAACAUAGCUGGACAGUUUCCUAAUUGGCAAACUUACCAUUGUUGACUUUCAGUUCUCAAAAUAAAAAGCUUGUGUUGGGAGUAGAAAAUACUCUUCUGAUAUGUAGAGCAAUAAAUACCUUGAUGAAGCAAAAUGAAGAUUUAACAUCUGCCAUUAUCUGACUUCAGUGUAUGCUAUGAAAAGUCUAGGUUAGAAUCAUAAAUAAUGGCAAGAAUAGUAGAGAAAAGAUCAUAAAAAGCCAAUAUAAGAAUUGUAGUGAAUAUAAUGGAAAGAGUUUGGAGUUUGAAUAUCUGACUUCAAAACCUGGCUUUGCCAUCUACUGGCUGGUAAAAAUCACUUAUCUUCUCUGGGUUUGUAAAACAGAGAAAUCAUAUCAACUUUUAAGAAUGAAAUACAAUCCUGUUAAAAAAAAGUGUUGAAAAUUAAAAUGUUAUCCAGAGUGGAAGGUAUUAUUACUAUAGUUAUCCUUUCAGAAUAGAGAACAGAGCAUUCUUUAAUCCUACUCGUGUCUCAGAGGAUACGCAUGGGGUCUGGGGGAUAUGGCACAUUGUUUAUGCUCACCACCCUAAGCUCCAUCCCCUUCAUUCAGAAUUACGGACUGAAAAUACUGAGGGUGGAGAAGGUGAGCUCAUCAGUAAAUAAGACUUUUAAAUCUGAUAAAUGAACUGUUAUGGUAGGACGAUAGGCCAGCAAGAUGGAAGACAAGUGAGGAGCAUCAUCUGCUUCAGGGUUGACAAGGCAUGACACAAUUCCAUUAGUAAGUAAGAAAGAAGGUAAAAGAAAGUCAUACUCAGGUCUUAGUGAGUCAGCACCAACCUGUAGCAACAAGAGCACAAGUCUGUUAAGAUAUUUAUAAAGUGUCCUAGGAAUGAGGUAAAAGACAUGACUUGUGACUCUGCUUAGUGCUGUUGGGAAGAAAGCAGUCUUCGUAAGCUUGGACAGUGACAGUAACAGAAAAGACUGGUCCUGUAAUACGGAGUGAUGGAACUAAAGAUGCUCCAUGAAGUAGCAUAAAUUCAGGGGAAUGUUUAAGACUGAAAAAGGUUAUGGAUAUGACACCGAAUAGCAUGACUAAUAUUUUAAAGCAAACUUGGACAACGCUAGUCUGUGUGCUUCAAGAAAAAGCAGAGCCAAUGCUAGAACAUGAAGAACUUAGAGAUCAAAGGAAAGCCAGGACCAAGAUUAAGUAUUUUGAAAGCAGUGAGCACGUUUUUACAAGAAUCAAGAUUAUUUUUGUUUAAGAACUUGUGUGCAGCAAUACAUAUAAUACCUAUACAUAAUAAUAGAAGAUUUCUUAGCAAAUAACUAAAAAUAGUUGCCAACUGCUACAUAUUAAGAGCAGUGGUGUUACAGAUUUUAAGUCAGGCAUGUGGAAAACUAUUUCUGACAAAAGGCUAUUGAAGUCUGAAGCCAUUCUUAGUGAAUCUCAAGGAGUCAUCUUAGUAUUUCCAAGUCAAAUGCCAUCUCUUUAGGGUGUCCCUAGAUGCAUCCCUCAGAGAAAGACAGGAGGAGGAUUCAGAUGUCCUUCCCUUCAGACCGCAGGAGCCCAUUUGCUAUAAUCAAGCCUCACAUUGUGUUUUGGUCCUAAGCAUCUCUAUUAGAGUUUCCCUGGUUCUUUUUCAGUUUAGAAGUCAAAGUAAAAACAAUUUCUAUGCUUAGUUUCCCUCUUAAAAAUGUUUCUUCAUCUUACUUCUUACAUUAGGCUACACAGCCAACAAAUUUGCUCAGAAUACACCAGCAGUAUAUGCAUUGUGUUUUUUUUUAAGGCAUGAGAGGAUUGUAAAGUCACUUUGACAAUUUUGAGCUAGAAUAGAUUGGAGAACUGGUUGCUCACCUCACACUCAGGAAUCUCCUUUCACACGUUCUUAAGUUUCUAAAUUGACACUGAUUAGAAUAAUUUGGUGUUUAUGUUGCUAUGAGAUCGGCAAUGAAGUUCUCAGCGGCAUUAUUUGGUAAGCAUUACACGCUGGAUUCUUUCCCCCAAUAAUUUUUAGUAAAAAUUUUCAAACAUAAAAAUAUAAAGUUUUACAAUGUACUCACCACCCAGAUGCUACCAUUAACUAUGCUUUUGUUAUCACAUGUCCAUCAAUUCAUUGAUGCAGAUUAGUUUUUGGUACAUUUUAAAUUAUAGACAUCGAUACACUUCCUGCCAAAUACUUCAGCAUAAACUAGAGUUCAACGUUUGCUUACAUUUUUCCUUUUAUGUAAAAUUAGCAUACAGUGAAAUGCAUAGGGCUUAAGUAUGCAUCCCCUGAGUUUUGGCAAAUGUGUAAGGUGCUAUCAAAACAUAAAACGUUAUCAGAAAAUUUCCACAUGGCCCUUUCCAGUCCAUCCUUGUCUUCACACCAUCCCCUAAAAGCAACCACUAUUUUUUUCCUACUAUAAAUCAGAUUUGUCUGUUCUAGAUUUUUGUGUAAAUAGUCACACAGCAUGUCCUCUUUCUAGAAGCCUUCCCUUACCAUGUUUUGGAGAUUUAUCCGUGUUGUUGGGUGUAGUAGUAGUUCACUCCUUUUUAUUCCUGAGUAGUAUUCCAUCGUAUGAUGACUUUGUAAUUUAUCUGUUUUCCUAUUUGUGAAUACAUGAGCUGUUUCCAGUAUUGGCAAUUAUAAAUAAAGCUGCCUUGAUUAUUCUUAACAUAAGUCUUAUGUGAACAUAGCCUUUCAUUUCUCUUGGGUGAAUACCUAGGAUUAGAAUUUCUGUGUCAUAGGGUAGUUUUAAAAGAAACUGAAGUACCUUUUUCCAAUGUGGUUGUACUGUGUCUUGGAUUUUCACUAUACUUUGGAUGUGUAGAAAGCUGUGAACUAUUUUUGUGAUCCAUAUUUGAAAUAUUAGAAGUGGGUCUGGGAUAGAAAUGGCAUUGUUCACAGUAGGCAGUUGGUGUUAUUUGAGGGAGGCAAAUACCUGUCUGCCCAAAACAGCUCCCAGAGGGGUUCCUAUGUCUGAAAUUUUUGCAUUAUUUUCACUCCUUGAAAGAUGAAAGCACUUACCCAAGGCUGGUGAUAGAUUAGCUAGAAGAAACGGCACUGGUUUGUCUAUGUUACUAACUUUUGCCACCCGUUUUCAGCAGGUAAAAUAAGAAUGAUAAUUAAACAUUAAAGACUUUCUUCAAUGGGGGUAGGAGGGAUAGUAAGAAACAUACCACUAGUUAGUCCCAGGUACAGCAGUGUGAGAGAGGACCGUCUGGACAGGAAAGUCCCCCAAAUGGUGGUCAAGAAACCAGAAAACGGGGUGGGAAGAAUUCUACCUCACAGUUGUGCAUAGGAGAUAGCUAUGUUUUUGCAGGAUGUUUUUGCCUUUAAAAAUCAUAUUUUCAAUGUUGUCUCUUUAUCCAGUACCACCCAGCUACAGUUAUUUCACACCCUAGUGACUUUCUUAACCACUGUGUUUUACCUUUCCUGCCUGUUCUGUUACAUGUAGCAGUUACUGUAUUAGCCUGUAAAAUUAUAAUCGUGUAUGUUUCCAAUGCUCGUGUUCAAAAGUAUUUAUGUAUGGUUCAUCCAAUCUUUCCUAUUCGAUUUCUAAGGGCUGGGAUAUUUGGCUUCUACUGUAAAUCCUUAUAAUGUUCCACACAUUGUAAAUGCAAUAAAAAUGUUAAAAACUAUAA